GGUUGGGAGACAGUCUCCAGCGAGCGCGGAAAGACACGCGGGUCCGCUUCCCCGCCUUGAAACGCAUACAGCUUGGGCGAAAGAGCGGCUGGUUACAAGGAACCCUUCCAGCCUAGGAAGCACCUUUCUUGGGGGGCAGAGGCGCCGAAAAGGGGGCUCAAAGGGGCGGCGCCUCGGGGGAAGCGCCCCUCCUCCGACCCGCCUCGUUUCUUCCUCUCUCCUCUUUCUUUCUUUCGCUCCGUGCUUCCUUCUCCUCUACUGCCGGGACUUGGGAGAAGCAAGGAAGCAAGGCACCUCCUUUCCUCUCCAUCCCUUUCUAUCUCGUCUUCGGGGCAGAAGAGAAACUCCAGUCUCGCUGUCGGGCGAGAAGAGCGGCUGGCGGAGCGAGAUUUUACUGAGUCCUGUGAGUUUUAUUCCAAAGCUGGCCUUUUGUGCCCCAACCAUCCAAGACACUACCAUUUCUUUGACUAGGCUGGGCAGCCCCAUGAACGUAACAAAUGUAUCAGGAAAUGGCACUACUCCCUGGGAAUGCAGAUCCCGAAUUCACCUCAUACACUUACAACAACUUGGAGACAUAUUGCGAAGUGCAGACAAAGAAAGGCUUCUUCUACAAAAAAGCCAAACUUCUGCACCCUGGGGAAGACUUGUAUUGCUUUGCCUGCCGGGAGGACCGAACCCGGUACGUAAUCAUCAACGUAGGUGGCAUCAAGUACAGGAUUCCCUGGACUACUUUAGAAAAUUGCCCCUUGACCAGGCUGGGAAGGUUGAAAUCGUGCAACAACUAUGAUGAAAUAAUGGAUAUCUGUGAUGAUUAUGAUGUGAACUGCAAUGAGUUCUUUUUUGACCGCAACCCUUGUGCCUUCAGGACCAUAAUGACGUUUUUGACAGCGGGGAAACUAAGGCUCCUCAGGGAAAUGUGUGCCCUCUCGUUCCAAGACGAGCUGGUUUAUUGGGGGAUAGAAGAAGAGCACCUGGAGUGGUGCUGUAAAAAGCGACUGCGGCAGAAAGAGGAGGAGAUGGCGGAAGCUGCUUUGUUUGAAGAGGAAAUGGCUGCUGAAGAAGUGCCAGAGUGUGCCUUCGAAGACACCAGCCGCUUGCGUUUGUGCAUGAGGAGGCUCAGGGAUAUGGUGGAGAAUCCUCACUCGGGGAUUCCCGGAAAGAUCUUCGCUUGCAUAUCUGUUUCUUUUGUUGCCAUCACUGCAGUUAGCCUCUGUAUUAGCACCAUGCCAGAUCUCAGAGAAGAAGAAGAUCGGGGUGAAUGUUCCCAGAAGUGCCAUGACAUCUUUGUGCUGGAGACUGUCUGUGUGGCUUGGUUUUCCUUUGAAUUCAUCUUGCGCUCCAUUCAAGCAGAGAGCAAGUGCGCCUUCUUGAAGACCCCACUCAACAUUAUAGACAUUAUGGCCAUCUUGCCUUUCUACAUCUCUUUGAUUAUAGAUUUGGCCUCGACCAAAAACACGGACAAGCCCGGGGGCGGAGGCAGCGUUGGAAACAAGUACCUAGAGAGAGUGGGCCUGGUUCUCCGCACCCUGCGAGCCCUUCGUAUCCUGUACGUCAUGCGGUUAGCCCGGCAUUCCCUGGGGCUGCAGACCCUGGGACUGACUGUGCGCCGUUGCACAAGGGAAUUUGGACUCCUCCUCCUUUUUCUCUGCGUCGCUAUGGCACUUUUUUCUCCACUGGUGUAUCUGGCAGAGAGUGAAAUGGGAGCCAAACAUGAAUUCACCAGUGUGCCCAGUAGUUACUGGUGGGCUGUAAUAUCCAUGACGACUGUGGGCUAUGGUGACAUGGUUCCUCGUAGCAUUCCAGGACAAGUGGUGGCCCUGAGUAGUAUCCUGAGUGGCAUUUUGCUUAUGGCUUUCCCUGUCACUUCCAUCUUCCAUACGUUUUCCCGUUCCUACAUAGAGCUCAAAGAAGAGCAGCAGCGAGCCGCUAGCCGGCAGCUUCACCAGGCGGAAAACAAAGUCUCAAAUGACGACAGCUCCCAGGAAGGAGAUUCCACGUGUCCACAAGGGAAUGAUGGAGGGGUGCUUCAUCCUGAGACACAAACAGAGACUAAGGAUUGCUGAUUUAAACCAAAUUAAAGACUUUGUACAAGAGAAUGGAAAAAGUGGGCAACUAGAUAUU